GCUCCACUUACAGCUCUCUCCGAUUGCAACUGAAACACUAAAACUACUAUACCAUGAACGACAGCACUGCAAACCCACCAGAUGCAUUUCUGUGUCCUCUGACAUUGGAGGUAAUGCAAGAUCCUGUGAUCAACCGAAAAACUGGCCAUCUGUUCGAGAAGAAAGCCAUCCUUCGUUGGAUCCAACGAGGGAACAACACAUGUCCAUUGACAAGACUGCCAUUAGAGCUAUCUGAUCUGGAGGAAGACAUUGGCCUUCGCUACGAGAUUUCCGAGUGGAAGGAGGUGCUGACAAUGCAUGAAAAGUUGGCGGGGGUAUCAUCACAAUAUGAUCCAAAGCGACUGCGGCGAGGUUCGGGCGAAGGCACCCGCGUGGUUUCUUGUUUUUGUUAGCAAUGCUACGUCUUUAUGAUCCUUUUUGGUUGAAGCGACAAUGACCUGGGAUUUGCACUCUUCAUCCAUCCGCGGCCCACCGUAAACCACAAAACAACCCAACCUGCGACUGACGUUCAGUCCUUGUCGGGAAGACGGAUACUGAACUAGCGCUUGAACAGUACUUAUUUUUCUUUCUAAAACAUAGACUCAAUUUACUCGAUA